AUGAAAGAAGCUAAAUUGAGAAGAGUUAAUAAAUUGCCAGACUUUUGGAUACCAUGCCCCGCUUGUGGAACACCUAUUCCUGUCCCUGGUAAAGAUAAUUUCUUCUUUGUUCCAAUGAAACGCCCGUACCCUGAUCAAUAUCAAGCAUUCUUACCAGAAAAAAAGAAAUGGACUGUAACUAAGAUGGUCGAAUAUAUGCACGCAAAGAUUAAGUCAGAGAAAACAAAAACAUUCUUUUAUUUUGAUACUGAAACAAUUGAGAACGAAACAUUAGACCAAUUAAAAGAGCAAGAUGUUUUAAAUGUUCCAUUUUCACCAGAAAGAUACAGAGCGGUUGAUGUUGAUGACUUCUGCUUAAAAGUCAAUUCAUAUAUUGACAAUCCAUCAUUAUCAACCUUCAAUGUUUAUUUGAUUGUUGCAUCUCUUCAUGGAGGAAACAGUUCUGGCUUCUUUAUUUCCAGUUAUUUAAUGAAAUUUGGAAAAUUUUCGUUUGAUGAUGCAAUCAAGACAUUCACCAAGUCAAGACCACGCGGAUUUUAUGACAAAGAACCGCUCGAACAACUUGCUACACUUGUUGCUGAGAAAGUCAAAAUUCCAGACCUCAAAAUGCCAAAAUGGCUUAAAGAGAACAAAUACAUUGGUGCAACAUCAGAAAUUACACUUCCAAUGGAAUCUACACCUUCAUUUGAGAAAUACGGAGGCGUUGAAAUGAAAGAUCAAGCUCUUAUUACAAAAUUACAAGAAUUAGUUAAUGGAUCUCUUGAGGAAUCAUUUGUUAACUCAAAGUCAACAAUCAUACCGGUAUUCAGGGUCUGGAAAGAUACAAUGAAAGAAGAAUUUGCCAAAAACGUUUACAGAAUUUCCUUCCAACCACAGGGAACAAAUGUUAUUCUUUGUUCUGAUGAUGAGCGCUAUUUAUACAUUCAUUACGGCUUUAAUCGCUUCUGGAGAUUCGAUGCAAAAGUUAUGACAGACUUACCGUUCGUUGCUGUCGGAGUUGUUGUUCCUAUGGAAGAAAAACUUCAUUUGUACUUAUCAGAUAUCCUCAGAAUUGAGAAAAGGUCCUUCCUCAAAAAUGAUAUUGAUAUCAGAACGUCUUCUAUUUGGCAUUACUUACUUCCAAGGAUACAGACAAAUCCUAAUAAUAGAUUAAGGCUUCUCUAUAGACCUGUUGGCCGCUUAACAGAUUGUGCAACAAAAUUAUUUGACGAUACAGUCAAAUUCUACGAAAAAUUCAAAUUUGACGUAGAUGGAAUCAUUCUCAUUCGUCGCCGUGGUACUAUGGGUAAUUUCAUAUACGUUCCACAGCGUCAAACUCUCUUAUUAUUCAUGAGAAUGUCAUCUGCAGUCGAUGGUCUUCUCUACGCCCGUACUGAUGAUGGAAAUGCAUUGGUCGCAGUCAGGCACAUGGAUUUGGCCGAGAAUCCUGUUCGUGGAGCUCUCGAUAGUUUCGUCAUCAGAUUUGAAGUCGAUCCGGCUGAUGGAGCCCUUAUCCCCGUCUCUGUGUGCAAGAAUGAAUUGCCAUCCACGUACAGUUUCUACACAGGAAUCGUUGAGUUCUACAAACAAAAGAUGAAGUCAAGAGACGUUGUCAAAUUCUGGCAGGACGAGGCUAUAAAGAGAAUGCCACAGCCUGCUCCUAAAUAA